CGCAGUUUGUUGGCGUCAGAGGAGGAGGAUGGCAGCUUCGCACGAGUCCAUCGACGUCACGACGAUCAACUGGGCCGAGGACGCGGCGCGCGAGCUGAAGGCGCACGUGUACACGACGCUCAAGCUCCCUCCCGACCUCGGGAAGCGCGUCCAGCAGCUCUACGGCGAUGCCGAGAGAGCGUUCGACGACCGCGCGUCGAGGCGGCAGCUGCGGGUGCCCGAAGACGACCGGGACGACCUGGACGCGCGGAACGGCUUCAUCGACGACCGGAAGCGCGAGUGGCUCGAGCUGCACACCUCUAUCCCCGCCGACUUUGGCGGCCCGGUCGACGCGCCUCCAGCCACGCGCCUCCUCGAGUGCGCCUGCGCGGUGGAGCACGCCUUUCGCGCCCUGUGCCAGCAGGUGCUCGAGGUGCUCGCGCGUUCUUCGCCGCCGCUCGCGGCGCUGGUGGCGGAGGAGGCUCGCUCUCCGCUGCCGCCGCCUGGUGCGCGCGAGAGCUCGCGAGGCUUUGCCGAGUCGAUGCUGCGCGUGUACAGGUAUGACUCCAGCUUCCGGCAGCGCGAGGGCGAGGGCCACUACGACAUGGGCCUCCUCACCCUCAUCCCGCGAAGCACCAGCCCCGGCCUGCAGAUCAACGAGCGAAAAGGAAAUGGGCGAGGGAGAGGCCGUCCUCUUUGGCGGGAUGACUCUCUCGCGCAUUCUGCAGCUCUCCACGCCCGACGCCUCGCAGCGGCUCGGCCACGCGCCCGUCUUCCUCCGCCUGCCCGCCCUCCGCUCCCCGCCCCGCGCAGUGCGAGCGGAUGCCGUAUUCGGCGGUGUCCACUGUGUGUUCGGCAGCCGCUGCACUCCCGGUGCUGCGCGAGCUCGUCCGACGGCUCAAGCUGGCGGCGAGACUCGGCCGACCCGCCACGGGCUGCAGCGUCUGCAGAGAGGCGCCCGCCGGCCACGCCUGCCGACCGCCACGCCGCCGACCGCCACGCCGCCGACGGCCUCGUGCACGCGCUGCUGCACCGCGUCUGCGUCGACGACGCGC